AUGGCUGCAGUUGCUAUCAAUGGCAAGCCAAGAACACCUGAAGUGGUAGUUUAUGAGACUUGGUGGUCUAGUCCAGAGUACUGCAAAGAAAUAAUGUAUUGUCUUGGAAAAACUUUGGCUGAGGAUGCUGCCUGGAAAUUCUUGAAAGAGAAGGGUAUCGAAAUGGUAGCCAUAAACCCCUCUUUGGUUGUUGGUCCACUCUUGCAGCCAACACUUAACACAAGUUCUGUAAUUUUGAACUUGUUGAAGGGUGCAGAAACAUAUCCAAAUUCUGUCAUUGGAUGGGUUAAUGUCAAAGAUGUCGCAAAUGCUCAUAUUUUGGCAUUUGAGAAUCCUUCAGCUAAUGGAAGAUAUUGUCUGGUCGGGCUUGUUGCAUAUUUAUCCGAAGUUGUUAAAAUACUGUCUGAACUUUACCCUACUCUUCUUCUUCCAGAGAAGUGUGUCGACAACCAGCUCUUGCCAAUAUACCAGGUCUCAAAUGAGAAGGCAGAAGGCUUGGGCAUCAAAUUAGAGGAACGCUAG